CAUUUCUCCUUCCCCACUCUAAAUUCUCUCUAACCUUCCCAAAAGCCCAACCCAAUCUCUCUCCUUAAGGGAAAAAAAUGAAGAUCCCCUGCUGCUCCGUCUGCCAAACCCGCUACAACGAGGGCGACCGCUGCCCGCUCCUCCUCCAUUGCGGUCACGGCUUCUGCAAGGACUGCCUCUCCAAGAUGUUCUCCGCCGCGCCCGCCGACACCACCCUCCCCUGCCCCCGCUGCCGCCACGUCACCCUCGUCGGCAACUCCGUCCAAGCCCUGAAAAAGAACUACGCCGUCCUCGCUCUAAUCCUCUCCUCCUCGGCCCCCGACGCCGAUCUCACCGACGAAGAUAACGAGCCGGAGGAAGACGGGGAGGAGGAGCGGCGGCGGUGCAGCCGGAGCGGGGCCUCGAGCAGCUCGGGGUGCGGCGCGGUGAUCGAGCUAGGGUUGCAUGGGGAGCUGAAGCUGGUUAGGAGGAUAGGGGAGGGGCGGCGGGCCGGGGUGGAGAUGUGGGCGGCGGCGGUGUCGGGUGGGAAGGGGCGGCGGUGCCGGCACCGGGUGGCGGUGAAGAAGCUGGCGGAGGCAGCGGUCGGGGAGGGGACGGACUUGGUUUGGGUGCAGGGGCAACUGGAGGGGCUGAGGAGGGCGUCCAUGUGGUGCAGGAAUGUGUGUGCCUUUCACGGGGUUAGGAAAGUGGAGGGGUGUCUUUCGAUUGUUAUGGACUUGUGUAAUGGGUCUGUGCAGACCGAGAUGCAGCGGAAUGAAGGGCGCCUCACUCUUGAACAAAUCCUUAGGUACGGGGCUGAUAUUGCUCGAGGGGUGGCUGAACUGCAUGCUGCAGGCAUUGUUUGUAUGAACCUAAAGCCAUCCAAUCUUCUUUUAGAUGCAAAUGGCCAUGCUGUGGUUUCUGAUUAUGGACUGCCAGCAAUUUUGAAAAAACCUGCGUGCCGAAAAGCUCGAUUAGAGUGUGAUUCCUCAAGAAUUCAUUCAUGCAUGGAUUGUACAAUGCUCAGCCCAAACUACACAGCUCCGGAGGCAUGGGAACCUGUGAAGAAGUCAUUAAAUCUUUUUUGGGAGGACGCCAUUGGGAUAUCUGCAGAGUCAGAUGCAUGGAGCUUUGGGUGUACGUUAGUGGAAAUGUGCACUGGUUCUGUUCCGUGGGCUGGAUUAAGUACAGAGGAGAUCUAUAGAGCCGUUGUCAAGGCCCGAAGACAACCUCCACAAUAUGCUAGUGUAGUUGGUGUAGGAAUACCUAGGGAAUUGUGGAAGAUUAUUGGUGAGUGCCUACAGUUCAAGGCAUCAAAAAGACCAACAUUCAGUGCUAUGCUAGCAAUAUUCCUUCGACACUUGCAAGAGAUUCCUCGCAGCCCUCCUGCCAGCCCGGAUAAUGAUUUGGCUAAAUUUACUGCAACAAGUGUGACAGAGCCAUCCCCUCCAUCUGAUUUGGAGGUUUUCCAAAAUAAUCCCAUUCUUCUGCAUCGACUUGUGUCUGAAGGCAAUGUGAAUGGUGUUAGUGAGUUGCUUGCAAAGGUUGCACUAGAAAAGAGUGGCACUUUGCUUUGCUCAUUAUUAGAAGCACAAAAUGCUGAUGGCCAGACUGCUCUCCACUUGGCUUGUAGGCGGGGAAGUGCUGAACUUGUUGAGGUUAUUUUGGGGUAUAAAGAUGCAAAUGUGGAUGUCUUAGACAAAGAUGGUGAUCCUCCUCUCGUGUUUGCUUUGGCAGCUGGAUCCCCAGAAUGUGUUCGUGCUCUCAUCAAAAGACACGCGAAUGUCAGAUCUAGGUUGAGGGAAGGUUUUGGGCCAUCUGUUGCUCAUGUUUGUGCAUACCAUGGUCAACCAGAUUGCAUGCGUGAGUUACUAUUGGCUGGAGCUGAUCCUAAUGCAGUGGAUGAUGAAGGUGAAUCUGUACUACAUAGAGCAGUUUCCAAGAAAUAUAUGGAAUGUGCUGUUGUCAUAUUGGAACAUGGGGGUUGUAAAUCAAUGGCUAUCUUGAAUCCAAAAAAAUUGACCCCUCUCCACCUGUGCAUGGCAACGUGGAAUGUGACUGUUGUCCAAAGGUGGGUGGAAUUCGCAUCCCUUGAGGAAAUUGCAAACGCUAUUGAUAUACCUAGCCCAGUCGGUACUGCAUUGUGCAUGGCAGCUGCCUUAAAGAAAGAUCAUGAAGCUGAGGGGCGAGAACUGGUUCGACUCCUGCUUGCUGCUGGAGCAGAUCCUAGUGCCCAGGAUACCCAGCAUGGUCGAACUGCGCUGCAUACUGCGGCCAUGGCCAAUGAUGUUGAGUUAGUCAAGAUUAUUCUAGAUGUUGGGGUUGAUGUGAAUAUCAGGAAUGUGCAUAAUACAAUACCUCUACAUGUGGCACUGGCCCGAGGUGCCAAGUCAUGUGUUGGACUGCUUUUAUCGGCUGGAGCAAAUUGUAAUUUACAGGAUGACGAAGGCGACAAUGCUUUCCAUAUAGCUGCUGAAGCAGCAAAAAUGAUACGCGAGAAUCUUGAAUGGAUUAUUGUGAUGCUUAGGUAUCCAGACGCUGCUGUUGACGUUAGGAAUCACAGCAGUGGCAGGACAUUACGUGACUUCUUGGAGGCCCUGCCCCGUGAAUGGAUUUCUGAGGACCUGAUGGAGGCUCUCAUUAAUAAGGGAGUUUAUUUGUCUUCUACAAUUUACCAAGUUGGGGACUGGGUGAAGUUUAAACGAAGUAUCAGGACUCCCACUUAUGGGUGGCAAGGUGCAAAACAUAGGAGUGUUGGUUUUGUGCAAUGCGUGCCAGACAAGGACAAUCUCAUUGUAUCAUUUUGUACUGGAGAAGCUCGUGUACUGGCAAAUGAUGUUGUAAAGGUGAUUCCAUUAGACAGGGGACAACAUGUGCAACUAAAACCCGAUGUCAAAGAGCCAAGGUUUGGUUGGCGUGGUCAAUCACGUGAUAGCAUUGGAACUGUUCUAUGUGUUGAUGAUGAUGGGAUUCUGCGCGUUGGAUUUCCUGGAGCAUCUAGAGGAUGGAAAGCUGAUCCAGCAGAAAUGGAAAGGGUUGAAGAAUUUAAGGUUGGGGACUGGGUGCAAAUCCGCUCAACUCUUACUACCGCUAAGCAUGGGUUAGGUUCUGUAAUUCCAGGAAGCAUUGGUAUAGUCUACUGUAUUCGACCGGAUAACAGUCUAUUGUUGGAUUUAAGUUAUCUUCCAAAUCCAUGGCAUUGUGAACCGGAAGAGGUUGAGCCUGUCAUUCCAUUUGAGGUUGGUGACCGGGUUUGUGUGAAGCGCUCUGUUGCUGAACCAAGAUAUGCUUGGGGUGGUGAAACCCAUCAUAGCGUUGGGAGAAUAAGUGACAUUGAGAGUGAUGGUCUCCUAAUAAUUGAAAUUCCAAAUCGGCCUAUACCAUGGCAGGCCGAUCCCUCUGACAUGGAAAAGGUGGAGGAUUUUAAGGUUGGGGACUGGGUUAGAGUAAAAGGUACGGUGUCCUCCCCAAAAUAUGGAUGGGAAGAUGUCACAAAGAACAGUAUUGGGAUAAUCCACAGUUUGGAGGAGGAUGGUGAUAUGGGAGUUGCCUUUUGCUUCAGGAGCAAGCCUUUCUCUUGUUCUGUCACAGACAUGGAGAAGGUGCUUCCUUUUGAAGUGGGACAAGAGAUUCAUGUGAUGCCAUCUAUUUCUCAGCCACGGCUUGGGUGGGCAGAUGAAACUCCGGCUACUGUUGGUAAAAUCAUGAGAAUUGACAUGGAUGGGACUUUAAAUGCUAAAGUUGCUGGCAGACUUAGCUGGUGGAAAGUAUCCCCAGGAGAUGCAGACCGGCUUUCAGGAUUUGAAGUCGGUGACUGGGUACGUUCAAGGCCAAACCUGGGGACCAGACCAAGUUAUGACUGGAACAGUAUUGGCAAAGAAAGUGUAGCAGUGGUGCAUAGUGUACAAGACAAUGGUUACCUAGAAUUAGCAUGCUGUUUUCGCAAAGGAAGGUGGAUCACUCAUCAUCAGGAUAUCGAAAAGAUUGCAAGGUUCAAAAUUGGGCAGCACGUUCGCUUCCGGGUCGGAGUUGUUGAGCCCAGGUGGGGAUGGAGAGGGGCCCAGUCUAACUCACGAGGUGUCAUCAUCAGUGUUAAUGCAGAUGGAGAAGUUAGAGUGGCAAUCUUUGGUUUGCCAGGGUUGUGGAGAGGGGACCCCGCUGAUCUGGAGAUAGACCAGAUGUGUGAAGUGGGAGAUUGGGUUAGGAUUAGAAGUGACACAAGUGAUUGGAAAUCCGUUGGACCGGGUAGUGUUGGCGUUGUGCAAGGAUAUGUGUACGAAGGGGACGAAGGGGAUGAGAGUAUCUGUGUGGGAUUUUGUGGGGAACAAGAAGGAUGGGUGAGGCCAUGUUCCCAGCUUGAAAGGGUUGAUAAGCUCAUUGUUGGGCAGAAGGUUAAAGUAGAAAGUCAUGUGAAGCAACCACGAUUUGGGUGGUCGGGCCACAACCAUGCAAGUGUGGGGACUAUUUCAGCAAUCGACGCGGAUGGAAAGCUUAGAAUAUACACACCUGCUGGCUCAAAAGCUUGGAUGUUAGAUCCAUCAGAAGUGGAGGUGGUGGAGAAAGAGGAGAUUCACAUUGGGGAUUGGGUUAAGGUUAGAGCAUCAGUUUUGACCCCAACUCAUCAAUGGGGGGAGGUGAGUCAUUCAAGCAUUGGAGUGGUGCACAGGCUAGAAGAUGGGGAGCUAUGGGUUGCUUACUGCUUUAUGGAGAGGCUGUGGCUUUGCAAAGUGUGGGAAAUGGAGAGGGUGAGACCAUUUGGGGUAGGAGACAAGGUGAGGAUCCGAGAAGGGCUUGUGACGCCUCGGUGGGGGUGGGGAAUGGAGACACAUGCGAGCAAAGGUAGGGUGGUUGGUGUGGAUGCAAAUGGGAAGUUGAGGAUUAAGUUCCAAUGGAGAGAGGGGAGGCCGUGGAUUGGAGAUCCGGCUGAUAUUGUUCUUGAUGAGAGCUCACAUGAUCAGUAUCGUGCUGGAUGAAAUUUCAACAGCCAAAUUGUUUGCAGUUUACUCAACAGCCUCUAUGUGCUUCGGCUUUUUAUUUCAAUGGUGAGGUGGAAUCUGCAGCUGGUGCUGCUGCCGCUCCAAAAUGGGGAUUAAAUUCGCUUGAAACUGAAGUACUGUUGAUUGAUGGUCGGAUGGAUUGAUGCAUCCAUUUUCACGAAGCCAAAGAGGAGAGAGAUGGAAAGAGGCAGACAAAAGGGUUAGGAGCUGGUUGACCGUUUGUACAUAUAUUAGAGAGUACAUAUGAGAAUACGAGAGGAGCCAGGAGAAAUGCAGCCAUAAGCUGUUUGUAGUUCGAAGAUAAUGUUGCUAGCGGAGGUGCGUCCAAGUACAUAAUAUAGAUCUAUGGUGGUUAUUUUGUUUACUGUUGUUGUACAAAUUCGACUCUUUUGUAUCUUGUGUGAUAGUUGACUUUUGGAGGGGUCUGCGGUCUUCAUGUUGUUGUACUGUUUGCCUGUAUAUUGCUUAUGUUUUCUUGAUUUAUAUUGGGAUGUGAUUGGAAAUGAGUCUCUGAUAGACGACAAUGAAAGAAAUGUGAACCAAAAUUUGCUGGUUA